CAAGAGCCGUGAUUCUCUGCGUAACCGUCAGUCUAUUCUCCGGGGUGUUUUAGGCCUCUCGGCUGGGAAAACGAUAGAGUAACGACAUCAUGAGCGAAACUGCAUUUAGAAGUAACAACGAGGCCAGCUUGAAUACGGAUCAAAUUUCAGAUGCCGUCGAUAAAAUUGACAUGUCUCUUGGUAGAUCAUGUGGACAGCUGCGGUACGUGUGCGUCGUUAACCUGUGGAAGGGAUGGCAGCAGGAUAAACUAUUGGAAGAAGAUGACAUAAUCAAGCUGAACAGGAGAGAGCAAAGAAUCGCCAGAAUGAGUGGUAUGGCACAAAACUGGCACAGAGGACCAUGGCUACAGAAAGGAAUUCCUAGGAAAGGACCACAGCAAACCAAAAGCUUCAACAGGAUUGGCAUCCGAGGAAGACGACUUCAGCCGCCAUCAAGGCGGCGCCCUCAGGGAGUCUUAACAGGUUUGGCAUUGCGGAAGGCUCAGCCGCUGAACAAAGGAGUUAGUCCACUGAAUAGACAAGCUUUUCAUAUGAUGAGAGCACGUCAAAUGCUGCAAGGGAGAUUGAACACUUACAGACAACCGUCAGGCCUGUGGAUGCCUUUGUCAGCUAGUAGUUCAAGAAGUGGCUUGCCAGCCAACAGUUUCAGACCAUUAAUGACCCUUCCAGUACUCCAGUCCCAAAAAGAUGCCCGACAAGCAACUUUCUUAUUCCGAAGGGGACUUACGGUUCAGACACCCCUACAUCCUGGUUCAGGGCAGUCUCUGGUAUCUCAAAGAACACGGAGAUGGCGUAUGACCACGACCAAUAAUGGGAUCCUAACUGUUUCUAUUGACAACCCAGCUGCUCGACUGUUUGCAGAACACUUAUUGUGGGGCGUUACAUGGAGAAAGAAAAUGGAAGGACAGGAACUGGGGGUUGGUCUUCUAGGACGCAGCUCCCCCUUUCACUCAUCAAGCAGGAAGAGUCUGAGCCGAAGAUUCCCAAAGGAGUGCCACUACAAUUUGACAUUAAUAGUGUUGGAAAACAGACAGCAAUGACCUUGAAUGAGAGAUUCAAGAUUUUGAAAGAACAAAGGACAGCCAACAGCUACUUAAGAGGAAGUCGCUUCAUCACUGUGGGGUAGCAGCUAUUACUGUUAACAAAAGACUUUGCACCACUGACCCGGGGGCUUCAUGUUCAAAACUGGGAAGGACAGCAAGUCGUGUCGAGUUUAUAUUUGUUGGGUGUGCAUGGCUGGAGUUAAGUGCCUCCAAAGGUUCGUUGCCCAGAGUUGAUACUGAUGUUUGCUGACCAAGGAUGCCAGUUACUGGAAGAACAGACUUCCAGUGAGACUCCUGAGCAGUUGUCCUAUAGAAACCCCUUGUAUUGUUCAUUUCUGCUGAUUUUGUUGGGGGUUGUUUGCAAAUGAAGGAACACAAAAAAAUUCACAUUGUUUCAGUGGAAAUAUAGUUCAGGUUCCUUUAAUUUUUUGGAAACAUCAAUUUUAAGUUGAAGAAAGUUGCAUUUAUUAUUUACUAAAGUGUUUAUCAUGUAUUACUAUCAUUAAAUAACACUAGACUGUCAUUUUUCUAGCAGUUUAGAAAGGCAGUUUUUUAGUAGGGGGGAAAAAAUAACUUGAAUGUUUUCUUAAUGAUGUAAUAGUGACCCUCUGACAUUUUGGAUGUUUAGUUGGUUUGCAUUGUCAAGUCUCCCCUGUCUGUUAAUUGACUUGCAUCCAUCUCCUAUGUUUGCUUGAGGAUAACAGUUUUUAUUUGUGGCUUUCUACAUGCCUGAAACCACCCUUAUUUUAUUGUUUGCAAUAUAUUUUGAAUUCAUGUUAUGCAUAUAGAAAUGUUGGGCUGGGUGACAUGUUUAGGUUUUUUCUCACAAAGAUGCAGUGCAUCAUGGGUGGCAUUUUUCACAUGUAGCUUUUUUUGUCCUUUUGAAGUGUAUAAAAAUAAAUUUUUUUUAAGAAUACAUUUAA